AUGUGCGAACGUACCCGACUUCCAAACAACCCACACUAGCACUUUUGCGUAAACAAAGGCGCAGAGCGUUUUCUCCUAAUUCUGAAAAUGCGACACACAAACCUGCCAUUGAAACAGCGACAGCCCAAAAGACCCGGAGGCAGUACAAUGCUAAUGUUGUCGGGGGCUUUGACUUCUCCCAGCCAUUGCAAAGAAGCUGCUCCGUGUGACAGCCACGGCGCCGCUCUUCCCCCGGUGUGCGCUGCCCGUUUUCACGCCUCUCUAGAUUUGUCAGGUGUGCCGGAGAGCCGACCGCGUGUAUCUAACCUGAAGUCUGCGCCGUAAUGGACGAAACGGAUAUCAUGGACUUAACGCAUCAGAAAGCGAGAAAGCGACCGCGUCCAAUCAGUUCUGUGGAUGAGUCCGUACACGCUUCCCUCAAACGACUCCCGAUACGAGCGACGGAGUGCAGGGAGCCCUCGCUGAUGUUUGCAGUCAGAGGAGAUCCUGUACCCGCAGCAUCUCUCAAGCAAAAUGACCAUUCUGUGACUUCCUCUCCGACCACAGUAAUGCCAACGCAGGAUAAUCGCUCCAGCAUGUCCAGGCCCAUGAUCACGCGGUCACCAGCGUCUCCCUUGAGUAACCAGGGCAUCCCAACACCUGCACAGCUCACCAAGUCCAACGCCCCUGUGCACAUUGACGUGGGCGGGCACAUGUACACCAGCAGUCUGGCCACCUUAACAAAAUACCCAGAAUCCAGAAUUGGUCGUCUCUUUGAUGGCACAGAGCCUAUAGUCCUGGACAGCCUGAAGCAGCACUACUUCAUUGACAGGGAUGGACACAUGUUCCGCUACAUCCUCAACUUCCUCAGGACGUCCAAGCUCCUCAUCCCAGACGACUUCAAAGACUACAGCCUGCUGUACGAAGAGGCGCGAUAUUUCCAGCUGCAGCCCAUGCUGGCUGAGCUGGAGCGUUGGCGCCAGGACCGGGAGCUGGGCCGAGUGUCGCGCCCGUGCGAGUGCUUGGUGGUGCGUGUUGCACCUGACCUGGGAGAGAGGAUCUCGCUAAGCGGUGACAAGGCCCUCAUUGAGGAUGUCUUUCCGGAGAUUGGUGACGUCAUGUGCAACUCUGUCAAUGCUGGCUGGAACCACGACGCCACCUAUGUCAUCCGCUUCCCACUCAAUGGGUACUGCCACCUCAACUCUGUCCAGGUCCUAGAGCGCCUGCAGCAACGCGGCUUCGAGAUCGCCGGCUCCUGCGGGGGAGGCGUGGACUCAUCCCAAUUCAGCGAGUACGUCCUGAGGAGGGAACUGAGGAGGACAAGUCAGCGAGGACCCAAUUCAAACAGGAUAAAACAGGAGCAGCUGGACUAGAGACCUCCCGAUCAGUAGGAGGUGCUAGACUUUUCUGUGGCAGCCGAAAGCUCAACACAGCAGAGCUCUGUGGACUCUGUUUAUCUUUGUUUCCUUGUUGAUGUUUUUGUUUUCUUAAACUUGAGAACCAUCUAGAGAAAAAAAAAAAAAGAGGUGCAACAGGAGAUUUUCGCCAUAAGAAGAUACAAGACAUUUGAUAAGUUGAGAUCUCAAGGACAUUUGUGAUUGUCUAGCCCCCAUAAACCGAUUUUAAAAAGGAUUUAUAUACGCUGGACCCCCAAAUGAAGUUUGUUUUAAAACUUGGAGCCUACAUUAGGUUGAAUAUGGUUUCUGUUCCCCCCCAUAUAAAUUAAAAAGGCUUUAUUGCUCAUGUAGUAUGUUGCAUAGCCUGUCACCAGUGAUUUGAUUUUGUUUUCCCACUGGUGCAUCGGCUAAGUCUGUUUUUAUCUCUUCCUGUAAAACAAAAGGUCACAAAUGUGUUGCUUACAGUACGGAAUGUCUCAGUCGUCACAAAUAAUGCAUUUCGACAGAAAAGUAUCCAUUUUUUUUAACUGUUUUUAUUCAUGAUUAACAUGAUGUUGAAUAUUGUGAUACCAAUGAAGUGGUUUUUACUUUGAUGGAAGUUAUUUUAUUGAAUUAUGCUAUAAGAUAUAAUUCACAUUAGUAUCAUCAAACUUUUAUGUAAAAGACCGUUCUAUUCUCAGUAAAGAAAAUACUUUAGUAAAUUAUUAUGUCACAUCAUUUGCCUCAUCGGGGAGUAUGAACUACUAACCCCCAUGUGUUACCUUGGGAAUUAUUUAAUUGGAUCAUAACAUCCCACUGAGUAAUGACCUGUAAAUUCUUUCUGUCAUUGUAUAUGUGUUUGUGUUUUUUUACAUUGAAUCUUUUUAAAGCUAAUUUGUUGCCUCAGACAUGACUGAACAGAUUAAAGCUUAUUGUACUACCCAAAUCCGAGAUCACUUUUACUCUUAGCACAUAUUGAUAUGAAGUUGGAUAUAAAGUAUUUCUAACAUGACUGACCCACCUACGCUCCCUAGAUUUGAAUAAAGAGGAAUGUAGCACAAAAAAAAUGUGAAAUAAAUCUUAAACUAAAGCUCUUAA